GGUCUGAGUGUCAACUCGUAACUUACACUGCUGCAGCUGACCCUCAAGGACGGAAGCACUUUGACACUGAGGUUACCGGGAGCUGAGAAGACCUUACCCCCGAUAUUCCACAUCCAUCAGGACCCCCACCUCAAAUCAGAAUGGAAAACCGGCGUGUAAAAAAGCAGACCUGUGGGACAAUUUGUCUGAAAUAUCUUCUGUUUUUAUUUAAUAUUCUUUUCUGGCUGGCAGGAGGAGCAGUGCUGGCAGUGGGAGUGUGGACUCUGACAGAAAAAAGUGACUACAUCAGUUUACUGAACUCCAGCUUCUACUCUGCCUCAGCGUACAUCCUGAUAGCUGCCGGAGUCAUAGUCAUAGUGACGGGGAUGAUAGGAUGCUGUGCCACACUGAAGGAGAUGAGGAGUCUUUUGAUUGUGUAUUUGAUCCUGUUGCUCUGUAUUUUCCUACUGGAAAUCGUUGCUGGUCUGCUGGCCUACAUAAAAUACCAAGAGUGUUUUCCUCUCUGCUUCCAGUUGGACGAGGAGCUCAGGCAGAAUCUGAAGGUUAACAUGCAGCAGAAAUAUCAGCAGCCCGGGGAGGAGAGUGUGACACAGGCUGUGGACAGACUACAGCAGGAGUUCAUGUGCUGCGGCAGUAACAACUACACAGACUGGAAAGACAGUGUGUGGAUCCAGAGAGCAGAUAAUGCACGUCUUGUUCCUGACAGCUGCUGUAAAACUCCUGAUGACCUCUGUGGUAUCAGGGACCAUCCAUCCAACAUCUACAAUGUGGAGGGAGGCUGCAUCAUGAAACUGGAGAGUUUUACACUCAGUCAGUUGUAUAUUCUUGGUGCAGUGGGCACUGGGAUUGCAUUUCUUCAGCUGGUCGGAAUGAUGUUCACUUGCUGCCUUCAUCACAGUUUAAAAGAAGAGCCGUACUAAUUUCCCACACACACAUAAUGAAUCACCUGAAAUACUGAACAAUGUUUGACUGAAAAUUAUGAUCGCUCACUCAUUAAACCAUAGUAAUGGAGGCUGUAUUAUCACUCAUCUAUUUUAUCUGACAUCUAGACAUAAUUGAAACUACAUCAAAGCUGCUGGACAGCACUGUACUUUUUCUCUAAACACUCAUUUUUGAAUUAUUUCUACUGAUCAAAACCAAUUUAGAAUACAUUUUAGCCAGUAUACUUUGUUUUAUUAUUUCAUUAAUUUUUCCAUAGAUUUAGUGAACAAAUAUUUAUGUCCAUAAUUCCAAAAUAUUGAACCCAUCAUUUAAAUACAUUGGAAGUGUAUCUCAUAAGUGUGUUUUUCUUUUCAACGUCUCUCUAUUUCAUGCCGUAUACUCAAAUUAUAACUGUAUUAUUGAUAAUUUGUUAUUAUUAAUUCUAUUAUUAUUAUUAAUUGUAUUAUAAUUGUUGCUGUUUAUAAUUGUAGUAGAUGUGUUGCUAACGCUAAUUAAAAAAGUGGUAGUUCUA